GAAGGGGCUGCAGCUUAAAAGCGACAGAAGCGCCUCCGUUUUUUUCCAGGGAGCGGGCCGGCGUCCCAGAGGUCGCCACUGGUCAGUGGUUCACCCGAGGCCGAGCUCCGCCACUGCGGCGCCACCCGGUGGAGCACAAAGCGGAACGGACGGUCGCGGACGGGAUUGCGCUCGGAGACAGUUCGUCCUCUCGGGGUAGCCGUAGGCGUCUGGGAAGGGUCCGGCCGAAUCCACGUGACUCGGGGCGCCUAGCUGGAGCCAUGGCGGUUUCCAGGCCGCUGUCCCGCUUCUGGGAGUGGGGUAAGAAUAUCGUGUGCGUGGGCAGGAACUACGCGGACCACGCCAAGGAGAUGGGGAGCGCAGUGCCUAGCCAGCCUGUGCUCUUCCUGAAGCCGUCCACCGCCUAUGCCCCCGAGGGCUCGCCCAUCCUCAUGCCCGCCUACAGCCGCAACCUGCACCACGAGCUCGAGCUGGGCGUGGUGAUGGGCAAACCAGGCCGCGCCGUCCCGGAGGCCGAGGCCAUGGACUACGUGGCCGGCUAUGCCCUGUGCCUGGACAUGACCGCCAGGGACGUGCAGGAUGAAUGCAAGAAGAAGGGGCUACCCUGGACCCUGGCCAAGAGCUUCACCACCUCUUGCCCUGUCAGCGCGUUCGUGCCCAAAGAGAAGGUCCCUGACCCUCACAACCUGAAGCUCUGGCUCAAGGUCAAUGGAGAACUACGGCAGGAGGGUGAGACAUCUUCCAUGAUCUUUACCAUCCCCUACCUCAUCAGCUACGUUUCUAAGAUAAUGGCCUUGGAAGAAGGAGAUAUUAUCUUGACCGGGACGCCAAAGGGAGUUGGCCCUGUUAAAGUAAACGAUGAGAUCCAAGCCGGCAUACACGGGGUCGUCAGUAUGAGAUUUAAAGUGGAAAAGCCAGAAUAUUGAGUCUGUACAAAGCAUCUCAAUUUCUUAAGUUUCAGAAGAGAAGGGAGUUGGACAGAAGCAAGCAAAGGUUAUUAAAAGUGACAGUUGCAUAAAAAGAAAUCAAAAUAUAAAGAUGAUUUGAUUGGGUUGGUGUGCCUCAACUCAGGGAAGAUACAAACUCAAAGAAAAACAUGAUCUACCGUAGAACAGCUGAUCAGAAAUGGAAAGGAGAAAGGAAUGCCUGUCUGUCUUGUAAGAAACAAACAGAAGAAAGUAUUUGUGAUGUCUCCCAUGAGGCAUGAAAUGUUCAGAGGACGUUCCUAAAACUGGACUGCAAAAGACUUUUCAGUGAGUCAUUCUGGGAUCAGUAGUUCAAUAAUUAAAAUCUGCAAAGGGAGUUGAAAAGCAUGUUUCAAAUGAAUGUUUCCCACAUUUCUUUGAUCAUGGUAAUCAUCUGGAGGUAUUUGUAAAAAAAAAUACUUCCAAAUUACUGGCCCAUACUGGGUCCCCUGUAUUAAUUAGCAGAAUGAAUCUCCAGCACUCAUGUGAUUCUUUUGAAAAGUGUGAAAAACAUUACUCCACAUAUUUUAAUUUGAAAUUUUAUUUAAUAAGUUAAUGAAUGACAACCUCACUCGUUUGUACCCUGGCUCAUAGGUUCUGAGUGUAAGAGAUAAUUUUGAGCCUGGCUGUUGUAGCUCAGUGGUUGAGUGUCACCCAGAUUGCCCACUGGAUCUCCAGUAGGGGGCAUGCAGAAGGCAACUUAUCAAUGUUUCUAUCCCUCUCCCUCCUUAAAAUAAAUAAAAACACAUUUUU